AUGAAGCGAUGCAGUGAGGCAGAGCGGGAACGGGAGUCUUACAAAUAUGCCUCGAACUUUUUGUCUCAAUCCAUCCUCAACCAUACCGGCCAAUUAAAUCCCAAUUCGAACUUGCCGAAGCGUGGCGAUGCUGUCCUCACUGCACUUGCCCAACUUGGCGCCUGUCGAACUAACACUGCUCGGUCCUUGAUAUCCAUCUUCGAUGAAAGAUAUCAGCAUUUCAUAGCAGAGUCGACUCCGACUUCACCAUUGAUAGCUGAAAGCAUCACCCCAACUGGCAGACAAGAGGAUCUCUGGUUAUGCGGUACAGCUAUACCUCGCGACCAUGACGUUUGCGAGCGCGCACUUGCUGAAGCAGACGGGGCUCAAGCGGAGACCAACGGCAACCAUCUUGGACUUCCACUGAUUCUAAUAAAUGGCUUUUCGCCAAGUGAUCGGUUUUCUUUAACUCCCUUCAUUCAAGAUGAUAAGGCCAUUCAAUCAUACGCCGCUGUUCCCAUCAAGACGAAACGAGGAAUUAACAUUGGAGUUUACUGCGUGAUUAAUACGUCGCCACUCAAGUCUUGGGAAGAUCGACAUACUCAUGUCCUUAGAGACAUUUCUCGGACCAUUAUGCGGCAUCUGGAAGGCGAAAGAGAGAGAAUUCCUUACCAACGCAACAUCAGCAUGAACAGAAGCAUUGGAGCUUUACUCGAACAAGAAUCCACCUUAGCAGGUCAGAGCUUUGGACUGCAAACCGACAUGUCUCAAAAUCGAGAGCCUCUGGAUCUGGGCCCGAAAGCCUAUCAGCACGAAGCCUAUCUCUCCAAGCAGUCAUCAGUCAAAGAUCAUCUUACCCCUCAAAGUCGCGAGAAGGCAGUAAUUGACGAUCCCGUUAAGCUUAUCUUCACAAGAUCGUCUCGCCUUGUUAUGGAAGCCCUUGAGGUUGAAGGCUGUGUCUUCUUGGAUGCAGCUACUCAAGCUUUUGGAGCUAUGACAAGUCCUACAAUAGAAGCCACUGGCCUCGCAGGUGCAAAUGUCACUUUGUCUAUUGACGGCGAAGAUCAUGCAGCGCCACCUGCGAAGUUGUCAUGCCGUGUACUCGGAUUCUCAAGAUCAGACAAGACCAGUAUCAACGGACACAGAAGUCACCCUGGCUAUGACUCUGUACCAGAAAAGCUUCUCGCACAUUUGUUAAAGAAGUAUCCCUAUGGAAAGAUUUUCUCCUUCAGCGCCGCAGGAGAAUUGCAAUCGAGCGACUCAUCCGGAGAGGACAGAUUAAAGCAAGCAGGUACCUCGGAAACACCAGCAGAUGUAUCUGGACAACGAAAGCUCGAUACACGACCGACAGAAAUGGCAUUACUUCGUCCCCUAUUCCCCGAGGCUCGUUGUGUCGCUUUCUUUCCUAUAUGGAACCCAAGGCGAAACAGGUGGUUCGCCGGAGGGUUCGUCCACACUAACGCAGCCACGCGUCAGUUUUCAGUGGAAAACGAACUCAACUACCUGAGAGCGUUUGGAACAUUGGUUAUCAACGAGGUUCUCCGUCAUGAUAUGAUGGAAGAUGAAAGGUCGAAGACUGACGCAUUGAGCUCUCUGUCCCAUGAGUUGCGCUCUCCUCUUCACGGCAUUAUGCUUGGCGCCGAGCUGUUGAACGACACAGUGCUGAGUGUGAUGCAGAGAGAUAUAGCCCAUACUAUAGAGAUAUGUGGCCGGACUCUCCUCGAUACUCUAGACCACCUACUCGACUUUUCCAGGAUCAACCAUUUCACAUCGUCCGUCAAGCAGGAGAGACAGAAUCGCGUCUUCAACAAUGGCGCUCCUCGAGCCAUCAGCGAAGGAAUGAUGAGCUUGGCUGCCCAUGUUCGUCUUGACCGUCUAGCCGAGGACGUGAUCGAAAGCGUGUUUGCGGGUUUCGUCUUUCAACGACUUUCUAUUGCCCAGGUGAAAGCCAGGAGAGAACCCGCAAACGACGAUGUCAGGUCCAAGGACUUCCUAGAUGGGGUGCGAGCUGAGGAGGACCUUUAUUCCAAGACUGCGAAGAGUAACAACGACGAUGUGUGGGUUUUCCUGAUUAUUGAUCCAGACUCUGACUGGAAUUUCUACACGCAACCUGGGGCGGUUAGGCGCAUUAUCAUGAACAUCUUUGGAAAUUCACUAAAGUUCACGCAACAAGGACGUAUUAAGAUCUCCCUCAAACAGCGAUCUAACGAAGCGUCAAGUCGGAACCGGAACCAUUUCAUCACCAUCACCAUCAGCGACACGGGCACAGGUAUCGGACAAGAGUUCCUGGAGAACGACAUGUUCAAGCCAUUUGUUCAGGAAGACCCACUGAAACCAGGGACAGGUCUUGGCCUGAGCCUCGUCAAGCAGAUCAUAUCGCAACUUCACGGCCGUAUACAUGUUGAGAGCCAGUCCGGUACAGGCACGACAAUAACGGUGACUCUACCACUUGCCAGACCAGAGAAUCUCCAAGUCGACGACGACGAGGCCUUCAAGCAGCAGGUUAGCAAGUUACAGGGGCUACGCGUCCGUUUGCUCUCCAAGGCCUUUGAGGAUUCUACUGCCACUGAUGACAAUUAUACUUUAUUGGAGAGUAUAUGCCACGACUGGCUCCUCAUGCAAGUCAUAGCAAUCUCCGAGAUCAAGGCGCUGGCUCCCGAUCUUGUUCUAUUACACGAAGAAGAGCUUGAAUUAAUCCACUCAUGUGGUAUAUCAGCUGGUACACCAUGCGUCGUUAUCUGCAGAAAUGCAGUUAUAGCAUACCAGAGAUUCCACUCCUCUUGGAUUGAAGGAUUGCCAAUCGAAUAUGUAGCCCAGCCGGUUGCUCCCCGAAAGCUUGGCCGAACUUUACUAGCGGCUCUCGACCGUUGGACAGAGAUGCAGCAUCGACAGACUGCUGGUGAAACUUUUGGGAAUGCAGAAGACAAAUCUCCCGGCCAGGCCUCAGAGAUACCAUUGCCAACUCCUCCCACUCCGGAUCAGCCACACAAUUCCGGAUCGUUUGAUCUAAAAGAUCGUUCGUCGAUUUUGUUCUCGACGCCACAACGGACUGAAAAAUCCCGACCAUCUAUGAAAAGAUCCAAAUCGAGUUUCAAAACAACAACCACCUUUCUCUUAGUAGACGAUAAUCACAUCAACCUUAUGAUUCUGACGGCAUUUUCCAAAAAGAUGGGGAGACCAUAUUUAACAGCUACAAAUGGCUCUGAAGCGGUUCAACAGUAUAUUGAGCACUCACAACAUUGCAAGUGCAUCUUUAUGGACAUUUCUAUGCCAGUGAUGGAUGGUUUAGAAGCAACCAGAAGGAUACGAAGGCAUGAGCAUGAAAAUGAGCUUGAGCCUGCUCUCAUAAUUGCUCUUACUGGAUUGGCAUCAAAGGAGACGCAACAUGAAGCAUUCAACAGCGGCAUGGAUCUUUUCCUUACGAAACCAGUUCAAAUGAAGGAACUAAGAUCGGCGAUCAACACAGUCCUCAUUCUCACAUGGGUUCUCAAAGCCCGAGCCACGAGUCGUCACACUCAUCAAGGUCCCAGUCGCAAUCUCAACUCCAACAGCAUCCGAGCACCCAACGGUCACGAGGCGGAUGUCAAACAUGUCGCGUCAAAAAAGUCAAAUGCGACGAGACGCGACCGAUUUGCCGACGAUUACACCAGGCGCGCUAUCUCUUCCCUUGCUGCAUCGUCUCCUGCAAACCCGAUCGCCAGUACAGAUGUGGUGUCAACGCCUAGCAACAGUUCCACGGCCUGUGUUGAUCACUCAUAUACUGGGGAGUUUGGUAGUGGAUCCUUCUCCGAUACUCAGAGUGCAGAUGUCAGUCUACCACCACUGAAUACCAUUGCCGACGAUGGCCUGGCAAUUGACCUCUCAUCCGACUGUGCCGCUAUCCUGUCCCCUUUCGAUCACUCGGCAAUCCACUUCUUCCGAUUCGUCCUCCCAGGGAUGGUCGGGACGCGGAUAUCGAUGCAUAGCGGACCUGGGCUGGUAUGGAAGUUGGCGCAGCAGAGCCCCAUGGUUCUUCACAUGGUUUGUGCCGUCAGUGGACAAACAUGGUCUGAGAAGACGAGCGGCUCCAAGUCAGAUGCCGAAUCCAGACGGUUGAGAGCUAUCCAACACUAUAGAGAUGGUUUACAGAUGCUGGCUGCAGCUACGCAGACCCCCAGCGAGAUAACCUAUCUUUCACCCGUUCUGGCUACAUUAUGGCUGAUGCUCUUGUAUGAACUCAGGUUUGGGGACGGCUGCGGUAUUGGCGUUGAUGCACAUCUGAGAGGAGCCACCUCAAUAUUAUUGGGGCGAUCGAGGCUCACCAGCAGCGAUAAGAGUGACCCUCAUACCUCACAGAUCAUUGAACCUGAGAGUUUCUGUCCCGUCUCUUGCAGAAUACUCGUUUGGCUCUCGCACGCGGAUGGAGGUGCUGUUCUAAAUGGGUUUGGCGGGUAUUUCAACAAUCUCCUGGGAACCUCCUCAGUAGACAUAUCAGAGACUGAAGCGCAAGGUCGCUUGCAACGUGUCAGGCAAUUGCAAAAGCGAUCAGUCCUUGCCAACUACGACCUGUGGGGAAGAUCAUAUCCUCAGACCGAGCUACUGGAGGAUAUGCAGUGCAGCGACCUAUCCUGUUUCGACGCCGAGUGUGCUCAGCUGAAGUUCAUGGUCGGUUCUUUAGCCGCAGCCGAGCAUCGCGAUAACAUACCCCACGGUUCGUGGAGGAAGUCUGUCGCGGGCGCCAUUCGCAACGUCAGAUCUAGAUACGAAGAGUUGAUAAGCGUGGCUAACCGCCUCGAACUACCCGAAGGCGGACCCCAUAGACGCAUCAUGUGGUCUCCAACCGGUAUCAUCGGGCCUUUCCAGCCCAAAUCGAGUCGCCUUACAGUCAUGCUCCUCGUCGCAAGCGCAGCAGUCUACGCAACGACAGCCGGUUACGACGCGGCGCUCAUGAGCGGAAUCAACAUAAUCCCCUCCUACACCGAGUUUCUCAACCUCAACACUACUACCCGUGCCUUGAACGUGUCUGCUAACUUCAUUGGAUGGGGCAUCGCAUCCCUGACGAUGGGUCCUGUCGUCAACGCCAUUGGUCGCAAAAACUCCAUUUUGGUGGCUCUCUUGACCAAGCUUUUCAGUAUUGGAUUGGUUGCUGGGUCCCAGAACUUUGCCAUGUUCCUUUCUGGUCGAAUUAUUCUGGGCGUGGCUUCUGGACUUUCGAGCAUUGCUGGUUCGACCUGGCUUGCAGAGACUCUUCCACCGAAGAUUCGCGGACUCGGUCUAAGCAUUACCUUCUCCGUCUACUACGUCGGUGCCUUGAUUUCCGCGGGCAUUACCUAUCGCACCGCCGAAAUCCCCGGAGAGUGGUCCUGGCGGCUUCCUAUUCUUUUACAGAGCAUGUUUUCCUUGAUUUGCAUCUUCUGCCUCUUCCUGACUCCCGAAUCGCCCCGAUGGCUCUCCCACCAAGAUAUGAUGGAUGAAGCUCUCCAAGUCAUAGCAUCGAUUGCGGCCAAUGGGGACCAGUCCAACGAGGAGGUUUGUCAGCAAUAUCAGAGCGUGGUCGAUAGCAGAGAAAGAGAGCGAACUGAAGGCAAGACUGCAUCAUAUACCGAGCUUUUCAAGACUCGAUCUGCUCGUAGACGACUCAUGCUUGCAGUUUCGGUUGCUGUUAUCGUCAUGGCAAGCGGAAACAACAUUGCAUCCUUUUUCCUUGGCGACAUGCUCACGAACGCUGGCAUCACUAAUAAGACUACGCAGCUGCAGAUUAACAUUGUACUCCAAUCGUGGUGCCUUGUUUGUGCAAUGAUAGGGACGUUUCUAAUGGAUAGAGCUGGUCGAAAGACGCUCUGUCUCUCAGCUUGCGUCGGAAUGACCAUCUUGAUGUUUGUCAUUGGUGCACUGACCAAGACUUUCAGUACUAGCCAAGAUCUCGCCGGGAUCUACGGUACUGUCGCUUGUAUCUUUCUCUUUAUGGGAGCAUACAGUGUUGGCAUCACUCCCAUCACGCAACUUUACCCCCCAGAGGUUUUGAGCUACUCUACCCGUACUAACGGAAUGGCUAUAUGGGCCGGAACGAUUGCGGUAUUUGCCAUUGGAACUACCCUCGUGUUCCCAAUUGCGCUUGAGGCUAUUUCCUGGCGUCUUUACUUCAUUAUUGGAGCCUGGGAUGUUCUAGAGACCAUCUUCGUCGCUAUAUUUUGGGUCGAAACGAAGGGGCUGUCUCUUGAGGAGAUUGACGAGUUGUUUGAAAGAGUGGUAUACAACGGUCACGGAGUUAUCGAGGUUCGUGAAGAUGGUAUGGUUACUAAGGAUCAAGAUGCAAAGGAUCGAUCUGUCUCUAUUGCGCGCUCGGCCACAGAGUAG